AUGGUAGAGUUGACAAUUACGGGUGAUGAUGAUGAUAUAUUGAGUAUGUUUUUUGAUGAGGAGUUCGUUCCCCAUGCAUUCGUUGAUAUACUCUUAUCAAAUGCCUUAAACGAAGAUCAGAUUCAAACGCAAUCAGUAUCCUCAUUGCUAUUAACCAGGUUGGAUUUUUACACAAAGAACCUUACAAAAGAGUUGGAAAGCACCAUAUGGAAUUUGGAUAAAUUAUCUCAAACGUUACCAAGAACUUGGGCAUCUUCUAGGUAUCACAAAGAAGCAGAACAGAACGAUUCCUCAUUGUAUUCUACUGAAUCCUUAAAAUCAUCGAAGCUUGAAUAUUACUUAGAUACGUUGGCAAGUGCUGUAAGAGCAUUAGAAACAGGAAUGCAUAAUGUAACUGAGAAACUAAGCGAUCUAGAUAACGAAAAUAAUCGCAAUACCAAUGUGAGGCAACAACUGCAAAGUUUAAUGUUGAUUAAGGAGAGAAUUGAAAAAGUGGUAUAUUACCUGGAACAAGUUAGGACCGUUACGAAUAUUUCGACAGUUAGAGAAAAUAAUACAACCAGCACGGGGACAGAUCUUUCGAUAACAGAUUUUAGAACAUCAUUGAAAGCAUUAGAGGAUACAAUCGAUGAAUCUUUAAGCUCUGCGAUUGAUAACGAGGCUAAAGAUGAAACAAACAAGGAUUUGAUUGGGAGAAUUGAUUCACUUUCUGAACUGAAAUGUCUGUUUAAAGGCCUAGAUAAGUUCUUUGCUGAGUAUAGCAACUUUUCGGAGAGCAUAAAAUCAAAAGCACAAAGUUAUUUAUCAACCAAGAAUAUUGACGAUGGUAUGAUAUCAUAA